AUGCGAAAGCAAAACCUCCUUGAGCUGCUUUCUGCCCUGUUACUCGCCAGAGGAUCUGCCGGGAACGGUUCUGAAAAUGAAGCUUCAGGAGAUGGAUCAUUACUAUUAUCCACUGUUACAGUAACACCUCCUCCUGCUACGCAUUUUUCAACUGCAGAUGACCACAAACCAGUACUUGUCACUGCAAGUGCUACUGAAAGCAGUUUUGAAACAAAAAGUACUCCGAGUACUGAAUUGGAUGCCACGAACGAUCAGGAGAGCCUAGAAGCGACAGAACAGUCUAUCUUGAUAUAUGUCGUCCCUGCUGUCCUAACGGUCCUGCUGAUUUUGCUGAUCAUAUUUUUCAUAAUACAUCGUAAAAGGAAAAAGUCUAAGCAAGAUGAGCUGGGAAGCGAAAACGUGAAAAGUCCUAUUUUUGAAGAAGACACGCCCUCUGUGAUGGAGAUAGAAAUGGAAGAGCUUGAUAAAUGGAUGAACAGCAUGAACAAAAACGCGGACUGUGAAUGUUUGCCUACUGUAAGAGAAGAAGAAAAAGAAUCGAUUGCCAACCCAAGGAUUUUGGCCAGAAACAGGACCCUCAAACUCCUGUUUUCCCUAAUAAAAAACUCUGGAUCCAGCUGGAAGCGAGGGGCUGUGCAUCAUCCUUGCCUGCACACUUGUGUUGCAGCUGCAUUUUGGGGAGUGGGCAAGGCAGCUCCUCUGCGCCAGAUUACG